AUGGCCGCGGCUACAUCUCACAAUGCCAUAGUGUCUACACAAUCCCACCGGUGGAACGGCAAGAACUCUAGAUUGGACAAGAGAACAGCGAAUGUGCGUUUGGUUUCAGUUGGAAGUUGCUGCCCAGGCAGCAGAAAGUUGGGUCUGGUUUGUGCAUCGGGCUCCCAGUCUUCGGUCAUCGACCCGGUUCACCUACCCUCGAAUGGCAAGGGAGACCACAGCCCCAAGAAAUCAAGUGAGAGUUCCCUUAUACUGAUCCGGCACGGUGAGUCGAUGUGGAAUGAGAAAAAUCUGUUUACUGGCUGCGUCGAUGUGCCCCUGACACCGAAGGGCGUGGAGGAGGCCAUCGAGGCGGGUAAGAGGAUAUGCAACAUUCCGAUCGAUGUAAUAUUUACGUCGGCGAUGAUUCGUUCUCAGAUGACUGCAAUGCUUGCCAUGAUGCAGCAUCGGCGCAAGAAGGUUCCAAUCAUCACACAUAAGGAGAGCGAACAAGCUCAGAGUUGGAGUAAGAUAUACAGUGAAGAUACAAAAGAGCAGUCCAUUCCUGUCAUAACAGCUUGGCAACUGAAUGAACGGAUGUAUGGUGAGUUGCAAGGUCUCAAUAAGCAAGAAACUGCAGAUAGGUUUGGCAAAGAACAAGUUCAUGAAUGGCGCCGUAGUUACGACACCCCUCCCCCAAAUGGUGAGAGCCUAGAGAUGUGUGCAGACAGAGCCGUUUCCUAUUUCAAAGAUCAGGUUGUUCCACAUCUCACGGCUGGAAAGCAUGUGAUGGUUGCUGCACAUGCAAACUCACUUCGAUCAAUCAUAAUGCAUCUAGACAAAUUGACUUCCCAGGAGGUAAUCAGCCUCGAGUUGUCAACAGGCAUUCCUAUGCUCUACAUAUUUAAGGAAGGCGAGUUUAUUAGACGGGGGAGCCCGGUAGGACCUUCUGAAGCAAGUGUUUAUGCUUAUACAAGGGUAAGGGUCUAUUCCAUUUUCUAUCCCUCGACAGAACAAUUUGUAUCCACAGUAUAUAUUAAAACAAACUGA